UAGAAGGCUUCGAGAGUUCUUUCAUGUGUAGAAUUUAGUUUGUUUAUCCUCAAAUGUAUUUCCCCCACCAUUAUCACAAGCAAACACCACAAAAACACGAGAAUUUCAAGUAUGGAAAACAAGACAUUAGGAGGUCUUAUGUUGAACGUAUCCCCGAGACUGGGACGACUAGAACAUGUGGAGGUAGAAACCGAAGACCUAAGCGGGAGGAGCAUGUUUCACUUGUGCGUGAACUUCCUGUGGAUAUUUUUGUGCUUCUAUGUCCUGUUCAAGCUGACCCAUCUCGUGGAGCAGUUCGUCGGCCAGCGGCUCCUUGGCCAGAAGCAAUGGUGCGACGUCCACAUAAUUAAAACCGAUUGGGAGCAGACCCUGCAACUUUAUGAGGAGGACAAGCGCCAGCUGGACGCACAGGUGCGCGAGUUGCGAGAAAGGAACCUGAGUAUGGAGCGCUUGAUGGUCGAUCUGCGAGACUACAACAUCCACUUGAUCAGCGAAAACUUUAUGCGGUCCGUGAUGCAGGAACAGAAAACAAGGCCGGCGCAACCAAACAUCUAUAUCACCAACAGCCACUUCCACCUUAUACGCCAGAUGUUUCUGAAUGAAAGUCAAAUCAAUCUCAACGUCCAUAACGCUUGCGAGAAAGGAGCCUCCGGGGAGUCCAAAAAUGUCUGGCUGCAGUAUCUGAGGAUGCGCAAGUGCUAUAUGGGCCCGAUUGCUGAUCCAAAUUUGAUAGAUCCCAGCACUAACGAGCAGAUCCGCCCAAUUGUUAUGACGACCGAGCAGUUGGCCGAGUUGCAAGGCAUGAUCUAGUUGGUUUUAAGUUAAAUUCCAACACAUGUUUCGAUUGUUAUAUUAAUCAAAAAACUAAAUAAAACACAAAAAAAAUAUAUUAAAAUUAA